UUAACUGUGCUUCAGGCCCCUGUGAAAAUAAUGGAACAUGCUAUGAUUUGACCACCGAAUCUGAGAGGGAUAUGUUCUCAGGCCGGUCGUAUAUUUGUGUGUGUGAACCUCAGUUUUCUGGUCAACAUUGUGAAAAUAUCUCAUCCACAGGUGGGGAACAUGUAGAUGUUGUAAACUGUGCAUCUAACCCCUGUCAAAAUAAUGCAACCUGCUUCGACUUAACAGAGGCUGAGACAGAACUCUUCUCAGGCAGGUUGUAUGUCUGUGGUUGCAAACCACCAUUUAGUGGCCAACACUGUGAGAAUACAGGUGGGGAACAUGUAGAUGUUGUAAACUGUGCAUCUAACCCCUGUCAAAAUAAUGCAACCUGCUUCGACUUAACGGAGGCUGAGACAGAACUCUUCUCAGGCAGGUUGUAUAUCUGUGGUUGCAAACCAUCAUUUAGUGGCCAACACUGUGAGAAUACAGUUGAGGUAGUAGAUGUUGUUAACUGCACUUCUGGCCCCUGUGAAAAUAAUGGAACAUGCUAUGAUUUGACCACGGAAUCUGAGAGGGAUAUGUUCUCAGGCCGGUCAUAUAUUUGUGUGUGUGAACCUCAGUUUUCUGGUCAACAUUGUGAAAAUAUCUCAUCCACAGGUGGGGAACAUGUAGAUGUUGUAAACUGUGCAUCUAACCCCUGUCAAAAUAAUGCAACCUGCUUCGACUUAACAGAGGCUGAGACAGAACUCUUCUCAGGCAGGUUGUAUGUCUGUGGUUGCAAACCAUCAUUUAGUGGCCAACACUGUGAAAAUACAGUUGAGGUAGUAGAUGUGGUUAACUGUGCUUCUGAUCCCUGUGAAAAUAAUGGAACAUGCUAUGAUUUGACCACGGAAUCUGAGAGGGAUAUGUUCUCAGGCCGGACGUAUAUUUGUGUGUGUGAACCUCAGUUUUCUGGUCAACAUUGUGAAAAUAUCUCAUCCACAGAUGUGGAAAACAUUGAAGAUACUAAAAAUUGUUCAUAUAACCCCUGUCAAAAUAAUGGAACAUGCCAUGAUUUAGUAACUGAGGAAGAGAGAUACCCCUAUCCAGGUCGUUCUUAUGUUUGUGAAUGCGUAGCAAGUUAUAUUGGGCAACAUUGUGAGAAUAAGACAGAAUUUUCCACAUGUGAUGAGGGGCCAUGCCAAAAUGGUGGCGUUUGUGAGCCAACUAGCAGCGGUUAUAUUUGCUUUUGUACGGCAGGUUACACUGGCUCACAUUGUGAGGUUGAGCCAGAUCAUACACAAGAUCCCUGCUUGUCAGACCCUUGUCAAAAUGGUGGCCAUUGUGAUAGCCAGUACUACUACUUCCGGUGCGUAUGUCCCGACGCGUACUACGGAAAAACUUGUGAAAAACCAGCUUCUAACCCAUGUGACUCAAAUCCUUGUCUUAAUGAUGGGUAUUGUACUGUAGAAGCAACCAGGUUCAGGUGCUACUGUGCACCAGAAUUUACUGGACUGCAGUGUGAAGUACCUACCCCAGCUCAAGACCCAUGUCUGUCAUCCCCAUGCAUGAAUGGGGGACAAUGUGUCAAACCUGCGAACAACGAUUACUACAUUUGUUCAUGUGUUACAGGCUAUACUGGCUCACGCUGCGAAACACUUGACCCAUGUGCAGUGAAUGCGUGUAGCAAUGGAGGGACAUGCCGAGUGGAUGGCACUUCCUAUAAAUGUGACUGCACAGAAUUGUAUUCUGGUUUUUAUUGCCAGACACCGAUUACUCAACACCCUUGCCUCUCAUCCCCAUGUAUGAAUGGGGGAGAGUGUUUAAGCCCUAGUGAGAACAACGAUUACUACUUUUGUGUUUGUGGAACAGGCUAUACAGGUUCACGCUGCGAAAUACUUGAUGCUUGCUCUGUUGGGCCGUGCCAAAAUGGCGGUACUUGUAGCAACACUGGGACUUCAUUUACGUGUACUUGCUUAAGUGGUUUCACUGGGUCAACCUGUUCUACCACAGGUUUUUGUUCCACACAACCAUGUCAGAAUAGUGGCCAAUGCUUAGAAGGGUCUAAUAGUUACUUCUGUCUUUGUCCCACACAGUUCAAGGGUCAACAAUGUCAAUUUCAAGAUCUUUGUUUGAAUAAUUACUGUCAAAAUGGUGGGACAUGUGCGCUGGACACGACGAAUGGUCAGGCCUCAUGUACAUGUCUACCAGGAUACAUUGGUGAUCAGUGUGAGACAUACAGUCCUAAUGUUGACCAUUGUAGUAGCAACCCGUGUGUGAAUGGCGUCUGCGCAUCAGACCAGUUAGGCUUCACCUGUACCUGUUCCACAUACUUCACUGGAGACAGAUGCCAGACAUACCAGCCAGACCCAUGUGCAAUGAAUGCGUGUAGCAAUGGAGGGACAUGCAGAGUGGAUGGCACUUCCUAUAAAUGUGACUGCACAGAAUUGUAUUCUGGUUUUUAUUGCCAGACACCGAUUAGUCCAUGUGCAGCAAUGCCUUGUAACACCGGUACAUGCACAGCAUAUUCGGGUGGCACCUACAUUUGUUCCUGUCAACCACCAUUUUAUGGCGACAAUUGUGAAUUAACAAUUGAUUACUGUGUUAACAACCCAUGCUUGAAUGGAGGGGUAUGUACUUCGCAUCCUGACACGCUGUCUUACACAUGCACCUGUGUUUCUGGCUACUUUGGAGAUAAUUGCGAAGCAGGACAACCAUGUGACACAAACCCAUGCCAAAAUGACGGCACAUGCGUGAAUAGUGGCUCAAGCUACACUUGUCAAUGCGCCAUUGGAUUCAUAGGCACAAAUUGCAAUUUAGUUGAUCCAGCAUGUAGCUUAAGCACAAUAUGCAACACUGGCACGUGUGUUCAACUUGGAGGGGGUACAUUCAGGUGUGAAUGCUCAGGCUAUUACUCUGGAGAAUACUGCCAAAUAUUCACAAAUCCUUGUUCGAAUGAUCCAUGUCUUAAUGGAGGCACAUGUGUCCUGACAUCUGAGGGGCACACAUGCAACUGUGUAAGUGGAUACAUGGGUGAUGACUGUAGCCAAAUUACAGAUUCUUGUCAGCCUAGUCCAUGUCUGAAUGGAGGUACUUGUACAAGUACAUCAGGAGGAUAUGCCUGUACUUGUACAUCUGCUUAUAUAGGUGAUAACUGUGAUGAACUAGUGGUUUUACCUGUUUUCCUAGACUGUCCUUCUUACCCCCUGAAUUUUACCCUCGUUCCCGAACAAUCCUACGCCAACGUAGUUGUGACACUUUCAGCAGAAGACAAUGGAACUGCAGUCACGCCAUACAUAGUUCAGCCCCAGGGUGCUACACUUAAUGGUAAUAUUCAGUUUGAGGAAGCAUUUAGAGAUGGAAAAACGUACACGUUCCGAGCAGAUGAUAAAGAUGAUGCGACACUCUAUACUGACUGUACUGUUGUUGUGCGUCUUAUUGAUGAAGAAAACCCAGUUUUGUAUUGCUCCUCAAACAUCAUGCAAAUAACUACGGGAGACAGCGCCAUUAUCUCAUGGCCUGUGCCAACGAUUACUGACAACCUAAAGACGAGUGAUAGCCGGGGAUUUGUUUACAGUCACCGGAAUAAUUCUGCCUUUCCUGCUACAAAUACUCCGACUACUGUCACAAUCCUGGGAUUUGAUUCGUUCGAUAAUGAAGGGGCCUGUAGUUUUGAUGUUACAGUUUUUUCAUCCGUUACUGAUUGUUCCCCAUUUCCUAUCAUCGAUAAUGGUCAAGUAAGCUGUGAGGUCAUCCAAUCACCUCUUGAGAGACGGUGCACUGUAUCUUGUAAUGAAGGCUACGGUCUUGUGCCUGUCAGUGGCAACUCCAAUGGUGUUUAUCGCUGUAUAAUUGAGAAUAGAGAACAGGCAGAGUGGGAGCCUAGGGAGAACCCAUUUAUAUGUGCAGAACUUGUUGAUCCUACAAAUUACACUCAAACCAUCUCGGUCCAAUUCACCCUGCCAUCCGAUGUCUGUUCCUCUGGGGAAGAUGAGGUCAUUUCUGACAUCCAGCAAUCUCUGGGGAAUGAGAACCUCUGCAAUAAUGGAGAUGCUGAUGCUUGUCAAGACAUCUCUCUUGACUGUGGCAGGAACUCGGUACGGAGACGAAGAACUGCCACAGAAGACAUUGAUCUUGAUAUUGCAGUCACUAGUCCUGGCAGCAGGAAUGCGAAUGAUGCACAGACAGAUAUCACCGAUGCAACAAGCAAUAUUGCAGAUCUCGUUGACCAGCAUGGGCUCUCUGUAAACCUCAAUGGUGAAAACUUUACAGCGAGUGGGUCGCAAACAGGAGAAUUUGGUGUCAUCUGCCCUUCAGGACAUAUUACACUAUCUUAUAUGUGUGCUGCCUGUCCAGCAGGAACGUACUUCAGCAAUAAUGAGUGCUCAUACUGUGUGAAAAACUACUACCAGGAUUUAUCAGCCCAAACUGAGUGUCUAGCUUGCCCAUCUAAAUCACCAACCACCAGGGAAGGCAGCUACAGGAAGGAUCAAUGCACCCCUGGUCCAUCGGAGCUUUCUGACUCAUGGUCAACAGAAUUGAUAGUGGUUGUUGCUAUUGCAUGCGGUCUGGUGUUCCUCCUUCUCAUUUUCUUGCCUCUAGCUUGUUGCUGCUGCUCUAGUUGUUGCAAGGAAGAUUAUGAAAAAAAUCAUCUUUCUAGUAUGGCUCAUUUAAAUAAGGCGUACGAUGAUGUGUUAGAUGACGACAUUGACAUGUUUGAUGCGCACCACAACUACAAUGAUAUGGACCACCCGGACUAUCAGAGUCUUCAUUCAAACGGCCGCAUGAUACGCAUUCCCACAAUUUCAAAAGGAACAAUGGAAAAAGAAUACGAGUUAAACAUAGCUAACGGUAAUGGGCAUGCAUAUAUGGGCAACACAGACGAUGAUGUACCUCCAACGCCAACCGUUGCUCCACCACCACCCUGUCUCUUAUACACAUCUAGAUGUGUAUAA